UGGCACGAAGCGUGCGGCGGGCACACACCGAUUACCUACAUCCUGAAAGCGCCGCCCUCCCCUUGCCUCGUCGUCUUCAAUUUUGAAUCCCCAUUUUUCGGGAUUUGGAUUUGGAUUCGCAUUUUGAUCUUGUUUUUGCUAUUACUUCUUCGAAUUCUUCAGAAUGGUCAACAAUCGCUCGCGUGAAGUGAUUUCAAUUCACGUGGGCCAGGCUGGAGUUCAAAUGGGAAAUGCCUGCUGGGAGUUGUACUGCCUGGAACAUGGAAUUCAACCUGAUGGAAUGAUCAAUGAAGAGGACAGCUUAGGUGUGGACGACGACUCAUUCAACACAUUCUUCUCGGAAACGAUGGCUGGCAAGCAUGUACCACGCGCUAUAAUGGUCGAUUUGGAGCCGACCCCGAUUGAUGAGAUUCGCACCGGAACAUACAAAACCCUGUUUCACCCGGAACAGCUUUUGACUGGAAAAGAAGACGCGGCCAACAACUACGCCCGUGGGCAUUAUACUAUUGGAAAGGAAAUCAUCGAUGUUGUUAUGGAUCGUGUACGGCGUCUCGUCGAAAAUUGUAGAGGGCUGCAGGGUUUUCUUGUGUUCCAUUCUUUCGGUGGAGGUACUGGAAGUGGGUUUACAGCUCUGCUGAUGGAACGUUUAUCAGUGGAUUAUGGAAAAAAGAGCAAGUUGGAAUUUUGCAUUUACCCAGCUCCGCAAGUAUCAACUUCCAUGGUGGAGCCGUAUAACUCUAUCUUAACAACUCACACAACUCUUGAGCACUCCGAUUGCUCAUUUAUGGUAGAUAAUGAGGCGAUCUAUGAUAUUUGCCGUCGAAACCUGGACCUUGCUCGUCCGACCUACACCAAUCUGAAUCGACUGAUUGCGCAAGUUAUCAGUUCAGUCACCGCAUCACUUCGUUUUGAUGGCGCUUUGAAUGUGGAUCUGACAGAGUUUCAAACUAAUCUGGUUCCAUACCCAAGAAUUCAUUUUCCUCUGACAACAUAUGCCCCAAUUAUUUCCGCUGAAAAAGCAUACCACGAGCAAAUGACGGUUGCUGAAAUCACCCAACAAUGUUUCGAGCCAGGAGCGCAAAUGGUCAAAUGUGAUCCAAGAAGAGGAAAAUAUAUGGCUUGCUGUUUACUGUACAGAGGAGAUGUAGUUCCGAAAGACGUCAACGCUGCAAUUGCAUCAGUUAAAACAAAACGUUCGAUUCAAUUUGUCGACUGGUGCCCAACAGGAUUCAAGGUCGGCAUCAACUACCAACCUCCAACUGUGGUCCCUGGUGCUGAUCUCUCAAAGCUCCAACGCGCUGUGUGCAUGCUCUCCAACACAACAGCUAUCGCAGAGGCAUGGGCUCGUCUUGAUCACAAGUUUGAUUUGAUGUACGCGAAGAGAGCAUUUGUUCACUGGUAUGUUGGUGAGGGCAUGGAGGAAGGAGAAUUUAGCGAGGCGAGAGAGGAUUUAGCAGCAUUGGAAAAAGACUAUGAAGAAGUUGGACUGGAUGCAGGAGAACCUGAUGAGGAGGAUGAUUACAGUCAUUAUUGAGGAAGCUUACUUACAAAUUGCAAUAUUAGAAAUGAUGUUUGACAAAUAUAAAUAUUAAAACUUUGAAAUCAAACAUAAAUAUUUAAAUCUAAA